GUAGGUACGGUGAUACCAUAUGAUAUAACCGGGAAAUGUUUGGCUCUUGCCCCCCCCCCCCCCCCCCCCGGCCACCGACCCCUGUUAUGCCCCUGGUCCAGAACACGAUGAUUGGCCCCAUUCCCUGGGCAAAAUUCCCAGCAAAAUAAAAAUGUAAAAUUUCGAAAUGCUAUUCCGGUACGGUUUAUUGAUUAGCUCGACAUUUCAACAGAUGAAUUUCUAUUGGACGAAUUGUGCCAACGCCUGGGAGUUCAACUAAGCAAAAGACGCCGUAUAGUACGCGGGGCCGGCUGCCGUGGGUUGCCCCGGCGCGGUCGGAUCGGACAAGGUGUCGCCCCGGGAGCUGUGCCUGUAGAUAACGAACUGCUUAACUUUAAAUUUGAUUUUGAGUUAAGUAAGUUGUUGCUGUGGCCGGCUAGCUUGGACUGUGCCUGAGCUGUGUCGGUAUGUCAAGAAGCUUGCCCCUGGCCCUUGGACUCUGGAGUUUGGAAUGUAAAACGGAACAAGCUUUUUUUACGUAAUUUUCCCUGCAAACCUUUCUCGGGAAGCCAUGAUGCCGUCAUUGUCAACCCGAGCCAUACCUUUUGUGUCUACAUCAAAUCACUGGAAAGGCAUGUUGUUGGUAGGAAGCAAACAAUCUAUUCAGCUCCAGAAGAAUUCCUCAAUCCAGAUGCCAAGAUCAUUCUCUCAACAGUCUUAUAGGUCAAGGUUUACAUCUAGCAGUCCUCGAAAGGGUUACCAAAUCAUAUUAUCUUUGGGGCUAAUUGCUGGAGGAACCGUGACAGCUUACCACUACUUCACAUCAGACAGAGUUAGGAAUUCAAGGAAAGUCAAAGAGUCAUUUGAAGUGAAAGGUCCGGUAGCAUUGUGUCAAGAAGGAACCAGGAAAGUUGAAAGGGAUGACAGCAUUUUGGUGUCUUCAAGAAAGUUUGAUGCAGCAAUAAAGAGAUCCAGGGAUCUGCUGCAAAGAGCAAAGGAUGAAGUUGGUGCUCCAGGAAUUGUAGCUGCAGUUUCUGUUGAUGGCAAGCUGGUAUGGAGUGAAGGUUUUGGAUAUGCUGAUGUAGAGAACCGGACUCCAUGCAAACCCAACAGCGUUUUCCGUAUAGCAAGUAUAAGCAAGUCGUUGGCAAUGACAGCAGUUGCUCGUCUCAUGGAAGAAGGAAAACUAGAUCUAGAUAAGCCUGUCCAAGAAUAUGUGCCCUCAUUUCCAGAGAAGGAAUGGGAGGGGGAAAAGGUUUCCCUGACCACAAGACAUAUUGUGUCUCACUUGGGAGGUAUCCGUCAUUAUGAUAAAUCAUACAUGAAAAAGAAGAAGACAAAAGCAAAUGAAAAGAGUGAGGCUGAUCAAAAGAAGCAAAACAACAAGUCUGCUGACAAGGGAGAGAAGUCAAAUGAACAGGGAACAAAUAACAAGUCUGAGGACAAGAAAAAUGAUGAGAUCAGUACCAUGCAAACAGAGUCCAAGCUGGAUGAGAUGAGGUCCAAGAAGGAAUUCAAGACUGUAACUAGUGCUCUGGAUGUAUUUAAAGAUGACCCUCUAGUGCACAAACCAGGAACAAAGUAUCUGUACACUACCCAUGGCUUCACAUUGGUUGGUGCAGUAGUAGAAGGAGCAUCUGGACAAGACUUUGUGACAUACAUGAGAACAAUGUUACGUGAAAUGGGUCUUACUAACACUGUCCCUGACAAACAUAUACCGAUCAUUUAUAACAGAGCAAGAGGUUACCUGUACAACAAGCAUGGCAGGCUAGAGAAUUGCCCCUAUGUUGAUUUAUCCUACAAGUGGGCUGGAGGGGGCUUUCUCUCUACUGUUCAGGACCUUAUCAAGUUUGGCAACAUAAUGCUGUACAGCUAUCAACAGCCAGCAGGUGGUACAGAUCAGAGUAAUCUUUCUGGUUUCUUGAAGAAAGACACAGUGGAAAAGAUCUGGGAGCCUGUUCCCAUAGCCAAACCCAAACCCAGCAAUGAGUACUGCUACGCCAUGGGUUGGAGUGUCUUAGAGAAAAAACAAAAGCAUGGAUGCUGUCGUCCAACCCGGCAUUAUGUCACUCACAGUGGUGGAGCUAUGGGUUUCUCCAGCAUGCUAGUUGUAGCCCCAACCCCUGUAUGUUAUAUUGGAACUGACAGUGCUACAGAAAAUCAAAGGAAAGAUUUAGACGGUAUGAAGAAUAAUGAGUGUUUAUCACAAAAUCAUCAUUCUCAUAUUCCGAAAGGGAUUGUGGUAGCAUUGUAUGCAAAUUUGCUUGAUGGUGGGCUAACAAAACAUGCAGAAGGUAUUGUAGAAGCAUUUCAACAAUGCGAUGACAAGACAUGAUCUUUGUGCAAUAUUGUGAAUUGUCUUUAUAAUUUCAUAUGUAGUCGAGUCAUUCAGGAAAAAUGUCACAUUUUAUCAUCUCAAGCAUCUUAAAAAGCCUGGAGCCUCACAAACUGGCAUGGUUUCUAUGAAAUUCUGUGAUGGAAAUCUCAUAGAAGGAUGGCCAUUACACAGAUCCAGGCUUGAUGGCCAGUGAUGUUUUAGUAUGAAUAGGCAAAAGAGUGUAUUCACAUCCAUAACAUUAACCUCCAUUAUGAAGUCGUUUGUAAUCUGCAUUUGUAUUUGGAUCACAGAGUUACUGACUGCAUACCAGCAAUGAUACAAUGUACAGCUCAGGGGCCGCGGAACCAGGGGGAUGGGGGCUGGGGGGUCUUCAGCCCUCUACCUUUUUCCAAAACCGUGUUCAAAAACGUAAAAAUUACCAUAUGAUUGUGAUUUUUAGCAUGGUCAGCCCCCCCACUUUUGGCUCAGCCCCCCACUUUGAAAACCAUUCCGCUGCCCCUGCAGCUUGUAUUAUCUGUGAUGUUGUGGAGCAAUAGAUGGUUGCAACAUGAUUUUGAUGAAUUGUAAUGUUUAAUGGAUGAACCAGUUGUGGCCUUUGAUUGGAGACAAUAUUAUAUGAAAGUCAAAAAGGGGCCUAAGCUUUCGAUCCUAGCAGAAUCUUCGUCGGAGGCAAAAUGACAAACAUAUAAAGUGGAACAACCAUAAUAUAGACCACAAACAAGCUACAGCAACACUAGAAACAAGGGGACAAAAGGGGCAUUAGUGAGUAGAGAAGACCAAUCAGGUUAGUGAAGGGGAUGAAAGAAAAGGAGUAGGCAUAUUAUAUGCACGGUCAUCAUCAUUCAGUUUUUAGCACAGGUAUAUCUGCUGAUAUAUCAUACAAAUAAUCAGCCACCAACACAGUAUUGUGUGUAUCAAAACUUGAACAAAAUAAAAGUAUUGUGAUAAAAAUUUAAAGCUUUCUUUAGCAAACAGAUAAGGAUUAUGAAAUGUAAUUGAGCAAAUAGAAAUGCUGUCAUGUUGUGAGCAUAUUUGUGUUUAAUACUGUUGUUUUUUAUGAUAUUGUAGAAUGAAUUUUUACUUGCAAAUUGUUCUUGUAAAAGUAAUUGCUCAAGCUUACUAGUAAAAGCAUUUGCUCACUCAUUUUUAUGCAUACGGAAUCAAGCAAAUGCCCAGCAAAAGCAAUUGCUAAUUAUGCAUCUGACCCAUUGUCAGUUUAAUGAGUAGGCCUACUAAGGGAAAGAAAGGAGAAAGAAAGAAUGGAUGAAUGGGUCAUUGACCUGCUGUAAAAGGGAAAUAAAGGAGAAAGAAAGAAUGGAUGAAUAGGUCAUUGACCUGCUGUAAAAGGGAAAGAAAGGAGAAAGAAUGAAUGGAUGAAUGGGUCAUUGACCUGCUGUUACAUAAAUGAUACACUGCUCAGAUGACAAAAUAAUGGCUCAUUUGUGUAUCUGGUAUAAUGCUUGUUGUUUUUAAGCAUCCAGGCACAUCAGGACUGCUUCUCCCGUCUUGAAGCACCACACGAACAGGUAUUAAAAUGUAGCCAGCAGUCAAAAUGAAAAGAAUCACACGUUUUUUGUUUGUCUUUUUUUUAAUUCUUUGCCAACAUGCACCAGUAAAGGAUGGGUUGUUAAAAGAGAGAAGUCAAAACCUAACUGCACUCUGAAUUACUUGUGAAUUAUACAAAUAUUAAUGUAUUUAAUCAUUACGCUUCACACUUACAGUGCUCAGUAAUAUGCCUCAGUCUUUAGUGUAAAGGCUGUUGAUUAAGCAAGGACUUCAUGUUGAGCACACACAAGGCACAGCUUGAAAAUAUUGUGGAAACUAUUGAUGAAAUGCUCCCCAGGGAGUGUAAAAGGUGCAUGCUUUGUAAGCAAGAACCCAAUGGCCAGGGUAAUCAUUACAGCAUGCCAUGUAUGAGAAAUCAAUCACAUACUCUGCAGUAUCAUCCUUGCUGCUGUUUUGAAGAAUAUAACCACAUCACUUCCUCUCAUACACAACUAUUGUACUAGUACAUUUGUAUAAUCCUUUUUAUGGGGUGGAUGGUGAUAUUUUGUACAUUGUCAAAUACAUUGUCAAAGGAUAUUUGCUGUUACCCUCAUAUAUAAUUUCCCAUGGAAAGAGAUUAGAGAAAAUUCUGCCCCCUUCUAUUUACCUGUGUGUAAUACCCAUUCUGAAAUAUAUGCUUUCAUAAUAAGUUCUGCUAGUCAAUCAAUAUUUAAUGAAAUUUCAAUUGUAUGAUAAAAAUAUAUGUUCAUAUGAAUUAAGCAAUAUCAAAGUGGAAUAGUAGUAGUAUAACAUUGUGCAAACGAAAAUAAAAGUGAAAAAAACAAUGAGGUUAUGACUAGUUAAGAAAUCCAGUGUGAAAAGCUCAUACCUUGUGUUUUGUGUAGAUUAUUGUUGUAUCAUUUCCCAAUUCCCAUAGUACUUAACACGUUACCAGUUAGUGUUGGUUCUAUAUAAAGCUUGAAAUAGAAAAAAAAGUGUGGAAUUGAUGUCUUUGGAAUCAGUAUAGUGAAUUUGUAUCUGCAUGAAGUUCUUAAUAUUACUGAUAAAAUGAAUACAUGCACGUUAUCUUGCAAAGUGUUGGACUUGAUUUUUAAGAAAUUUGAGGUAUUUCAAAUGCAAACAAUAAUGCAAUUAUGAAGAGAUUUAAUCUUUCUGAUUUUUGUUUUUACUCUAUUUUUGUCUCCUAUAUUGGUAUAUUUAGUGCUAUUACAAAAUAAAUACAGGAUUGUAAUCGAGCGUUAAAAUCUUAUUCUUUCGAGUAAAGAGUUAAGUUCUCAAGUAUUGAUGCAUUUUUUUUAAGUGUACACAAUUUAAAGAUAAAAUAUUUGUUCCAUUAUUGAAAUACAUUCAUAUAUUAGUUUGUGUGUUUCUAACAUUUUAACAUAAAGUGGGUUUUUGUCUCACCUGCAUAGCAGAGUAAGACUAUAGGCGCCGCUUUUCCGACGGCGGCGUCAACACCAAAUCUUAACCGAAGGUUAAGUUUUUUAAAUGACAGCAUAACUUAGAAAGUAUAUGGACCUAGUUCAUGAAACUUGGCCAUAAGGUUAAUCAAGUAUUACUGAAUAUCCUGCCUGAGUUUCAUGUCACAUGACUAAGGUCAAAGGUCAUUUAGGGUCAAUGAACUUAGACCAUGUCGGGGGAAUCAACAUCAAAAUCUUAACCUAAGGUUAAGUUUUUGAAAUGUCAUCAUAACUUAGAAAAUAUAUGGACCUAGUUCAUGAAACUUGGACAUAAGAUUAAUCAAGCAUCACUGAACAUCCUGCAUGAGUUUCACGUCACAUGACCAAGGUCAAAGGUCAUUUAGGGUCAAUGAACUUUGGCCGAAUUGGGGGUAUCUGUUUAAUUACCAUCAUAACUUCGAAAGUUUAUGGAUCUGAUUCAUGAAACUUGGACAUAAUAGUAAUCAAGUAUCACUGAACAUCCUGUGCAAGUUUCAGGUCACAUGAUUAAGGUCAAAGGUCAUUUAGGGUCAUUGAACUUUGGCAAAAUUUGGGGUAUUUGUUGAAUUACCAUCAUAACUUUGAAAGUAUAUUGGUCUAGUUCAUAAAACUUGGACAUAAGAGUAAUCAAGUAUCACUGAACAUCCUGUGCGCAUUUCAGGUCACAUGACCAAGGUCAAAGGUCAAUGAACUUUGGCCAUAAUGGGUGUAUCUGUUGAAUUACCAUCAUAACUUUGAAAGUUUAUGGAUCUGACUCAUGAAACUUGGACAUAAGAGUAAUCAAGUAUCACUGAACAUCAUGUGCGAGUUUUAGGUCACAUGUUCAAGGUCAAAGGUCAUGUAAGGUCAAUGAACUUUGGCCAUGUUGGGGGUAUUUGUUGAAUUACCAUCAUAUCUCUGUAAGUGUAUUGGUCUAGUUCAUAAAACGUGGACAUAAGAGUAACCAAGUAUCACUGAACAACUUGUGCGAGUUAUAGUAGUUUUCAAAGUCAGCACUGCCGCUAUACUGCCAGAGGCAUUCCACUUGUUUAAACAUAUAUUUUAAGUUGCAAUGGGGCCUUUUUUAUAUUACCUCGUGGAAAUCUAUGUCAUCAGAUGCUGCCAAUUUAUUGUGAAAAUAUGGUAAAUAUGAAGAAAUAUUGAAUAUUCAAUAAUAAAUUUUGAUAUAAAUCUGA